GGAGUUUUAAGUGCAUCCGAAUGGAUUGAAAAAGCAUUAAAGUAUGAAAAAGUUAAAUUUAUAUCUUAUAAAGAACUAAAAAAGGUAGAGCCACUUCAGGCAGGGGGGUUUGGAAAAAUAUCAAAAGCAAUUUGGAUUAAGACUAAUAAUUAUGUAAUUUGUAAAAAAUUGACUAAUACAACUUAUAUUAAGAAUGAUUUGUUAGAUGCAUUUAUUCAUGAACUAAAAAUGCAUUUGCACCUUAAUUAUAGUGACAGAAUUAUACGUUGCUUUGGUAUCAGUUUAGAACCAAAAACAAAUGAAUAUCUUCUUAUUAUGGAGUAUGCUAAUGACGGAGAUCUCCAAAAUUAUCUCAAAAAUAAUUUUGAGAAUUUGACAUGGAAUGAUAAGAAAAAAUUAGCAUUUCAAAUUGCUGAUGGAUUAAAUUACUUACACAAUGAAAAUAUUUUGCAUAGAGAUCUUCAUUCUAAAAAUAUAGUUAUUCAUGAAAGUAAUGUUAAAAUCACGGAUUUUGGUAUUUCAAAAAAUCAAAAUAGUUUAGCUUCAACAGCUUAUGUUGGUAAUUUUGGUGUUAUUGCUUAUAUGGAGCCAAACCGUUUUAUUGAUCCAAAUUUUGAAUAUACCAAGUCUUCAGAUAUUUAUAGCUUUGGUGUAUUGAUGUGGGAAAUUUCUAGAGGAAAGCCUCCAGAUAAUAGUAAUAUUAUUUUUCCUAUUAUUAAUAUUCAUAAGGCUACAGUUUUUGGUACUCCUAAAGAAUAUGAAAAUCUCUAUAGAAAUUGUUGGAAUCAAGAACCCAAACAAAGACCAACUAUUAAUGAAAUAUUAGAUGAAUUUAAAAAAAUGGGUUUUGUAAAUGAUGUUACAAGCAAAUUAGUCAAGGGUAUUUAUUUAUUAUUCAUAUUUAUAUAUUUAUUUAUACCAAUAAUAUAUUGUUAA